AUGCAAGUAAAGUUUGACUAUAAAUAAAUAAAAUAAUUUUUUAUAUAUUUAAUUUUCUUUUAAUGAAUUGGUGCCACCUGAAUUCGAAUUUAGAUUUGUGCGUGCUGAAGAUGUACUCCUCCAUUGGAAUCGAUUAGCGCCAAAAUUUAUCUCCGUCAUUAUCCCGAAAGUACCGUUACCUUUUUCCGAAUCCAACGGAAACGGGACACUUCAAGCUCCGCCAGCAAAUCUCAACCGUCAAAUCAAACCCUUCAACCUAUUCAAUUCAAUUUUCAAAAUCUCGAGAGGGAGAGAAAGCUGCCACUGCCACACACACCAUACUCUUCCUCAAACCACCCUUUCUCCGGCGACAUUGCUUCUUUCUAUUCAUCAAAAACCAAAACUCUCUCUCUCUCUCUCUUAAUCACCGUUGAUUCCUUGCUUAUUCAAUUCGUAACGCACGCGAAUUUAUGGCGCCACUCCGAGGCCGACGCCACUCCGUUUCGUUACAACUAACUUAGCUGAAGCGCUUUCCGUGCGUUUCGGUAACGCAUUUCGAAACGGCGAGUCGUUAAGAGUAACACAGCAAACCAAGCCGCUGUUUAGCGAGAUCCAUUUCUGAUCACUGUUGUGCGUUUUAAAAUGGAACAGAGCGAAACGACGUUUGAUUUAGCUCCGCGGAAAUUGGCCAGGCAAUUGGAUUUCACCGCCGCUUGCGGUGAUCCGUCGCACCUGAAACUUCCGCCGCCGACACCGCUGCCUCAGUCUCCGUGUCAGACGCUUCAGCCGCCGCCGCCGCCGCAUUCUCCGUUGCAAUUGCAAUUGGAUUUGCAUCCGCCAGGGCAACGGUCGUGGUUAUAUUCACGGCAGAGGACACCUGAGUCUCCGGUAAUGCCGCAAUUGCAAGCACCGCGGCCGAAGCUAGUUUCGCCGCUUCGUCGAAUUCCGCACCCGGUGCAGAAGCUUCCGGUGAAGGUGUUGCAAGCGGUGAAGCUAGAGUCUCCUAGAUCACAACCUCGAUGUUAUGUGGAAUUAAAGGACACCACUCCAAAGAAACAGAAACAAUGUAACUGCAAAAAUUCUAGGUGCCUCAAAUUGUACUGUGAGUGCUUUGCAGCUGGGAUCUAUUGUGAUGGCUGCAACUGUGUAAACUGUCACAAUAAUGUGGAUAAUGAGGCUGCCAGACAGGAGGCAGUUGGGAUAACAUUGGAACGUAAUCCAAAUGCUUUCAGACCAAAAAUUGCUAGCAGUCCGCAAGAACCACGAGAUUUCAAGGAAUGUGAAAUUCAAGUAAUAGGAAAGCACAAUAAAGGAUGUCACUGCAAGAAAUCAGGUUGCCUUAAGAAGUAUUGUGAGUGCUUCCAAGCCAAUAUCCUCUGCUCUGAAAAUUGUAAAUGCAUGGACUGCAAGAAUUUUGAAGGAAGUGAUGAAAGAAGAGCAAUUUUGCACAAAGAGUAUAAUCUAGUUCACAUCAAACAGGCAUCUAAUGCUGCCAAUACCGGAGUUGUUGGAUCAUCUGGCUAUGGAACCCGUUUAACACCCAAGAAGAGAAAAAUUCAGGAAAUGUUUCCUGGAAAGUCGGCCAUGGAUCAAACUGUUAACAUGAUUGCUCAAUACCAACAGGAAAUUGAUCAUAUGGCUUCAUCACCUUCAUCUCUGUCAGAUUCCUUUGUUUCUGACCCUGCCAACACAAGAUUUUCAGGGUCUUCAAGAUCUACGUACCGGUCCGUAUUGGCAGAUGUCCUCCAGUCACAGAAUGUGAAGAAUCUCUGUUCACUUUUUGUUGUUCUCUCACGUGUAGCUGCAAAUCCAAAUAAAGAAAUGAGAGUUGACCAGCAAACAAAAUCUGGGAACGUUGAAUCUUCUGUUGCUUUAUCAGCUAAAUCGCUUCAAGAAACUAGAGAUGUCAACCGGCCUGUUUCUGAUGAUGGCAUGAAUAAAGAUGAAGUUGAUAUUGCCAAUUGUAAUCGGCCAUUAUCACCGGAUACAGCGGCAUUGAUGUGUGAUGAAGAAGAUGCUAUGCUUUUUGGAAAUAAUUCUGCAAAUGGAGUUGCAUGCAACAACACUUAUCAAAACAUGAUUCAAAAGUCAUUUAAUUCUGAUGGAUGCACUGAUGUUUACGGAGAGCAGGAAAGGCUUAUAUUGACCAAGUUCUUGGAUGUUCUUCGCGGACUCGUAACUCAUGGUAGCAUAAAAGAAACGAUGUGCUAUUCUUCAUCCAAGAAAGGGGAGAUAAACGAGAAAAAACCUGCAGACAACAGCAAUAUUGGUGCUGAAACCGACGUUGAGAGUGAGAAGGGAACUGAUAGAAACUGCAUUACAAUUUACCCCAUCCCAUCGGUUACUAAAAUGUCCCAGACAAAUUAUUCAAUAACUAAUGGACAUGGUAAUAAUGAUCAUUCGUUGACGUGAUUGAUAAUGAAAAAUGUUGCUGGUAAUCUGUGUGCAGCCAGGAAUUUCUUC